CCCGUCCUAGGCAUGCGCGGCCCGCCCCGCCCCGCUCGCCCCGCCCGCCCCCCGCUGUUCUGGCGGCCUGCGGCAGCGGCGUUCAUCAUGUCUUCGAGGGGCCCGUUCCGCGGCCCCCCCUCCUUCCCGCCGCCGCUGCUGCGCUUCGGCCAAUCCGCCGUGUUCGGCCAGGGCGGCGGCGGCGGCCCCGCCGGCCUCCCCUUCGGCCCCGGGCCCGCCGCUUCCUUUGGGCCACCCUACGCGCUGGGCCCGGCGCCGGCCCCGGCGGGGAACGCGGAGUUCAGCUUUAGGCCGCCUACCAGCCUGGGCGGCUUCCCGGGCCCGGGUGAGGCGCCGGGUGGCGGUGGCGGGGCCUUCGCGGCGCCCGAGUUCCGCUUCAAGGCGCCCGAGAGCGCCGCCGCCGCCCCCUUCAAGCCGGUGCCGGGCGGCGAGGCGGAGAAGGGCCCGGCCGCUCCCGCCGCCUUCGCCUUCUCGGCUCCCUUCGGCUUCGCGCCCGAGCCGGGCCCCGAGGCUGCGGUGGCGCGGGAGCCCUUCUCGUUCUUGCGGCCCGCCGCCGCGCUGGGCCGGCCGGAGGACAGGGGCCCACGGACGCUGCCGGAGGAGCCGGGGGAGCCGGCGCCCAAGGGGCUGAAGCGGAAGGAGGAGCGGGAGCGCUCCCCGCGGCGGGCGGCGGCGGGCGGGCGGGCGGCGGCGGCGCCGCCGGAGAAGCGGCCGGUGGUGCUGAGCCGGUCCCGCGGCGGGGCCCUGUUCGGCCGCACGCUGGAGGAGAUGCUGCGCAGCCAGGCCCGCGAGCACCGCGAGCGCGGGGACGGCGCGGAGCCCGAGCGCGGAGCCGCCGAGGAGCCGCCGCCGGCCGAGGCCCGGGAGCUCCCCCGGGAAGAUGCGGCCCCCGCCACCCCCGCCCGACGGACCCGCGGCAGCGAGAGCACGGAGGGGCUGGGGGGCCUGCCUGCCGCCGAGCUGACGGCCAUCCAGUGCAAGAACGUCCCUGAUUACCUCAACGACAGGACCGUGCUGGAGAAGCACUUUGGCCAGUUCGUAAAAAUCCGACGGGUCCUGACCAGACGUAAUAAGAAAAUGGCCAUUCUUCACUUUUUUGAUCACGCCUCUGCAGCUCUUGCAAGGAAAAAAGCGAAAGAGUUACACAAAGACAUAGUAACAUUUUGGCAAAAGAAGAAGACUAGUCCAGCAAAAAGAGAAUUUUCAUCCAAAGAGAAGAAAGCAGGGGAAGAUGAAGGAAGACAAAGCAGUGAAGAGCAAAGCUAUCAGCAUUCCCCGCUUCGAAAACCUUUAAUAAGAUCCUCUGCCAGCAGUGUCAUGCCUGGGAGAAGUUCUCCAGCAAAGAAGCCUGGUCUUCGAAAGGCGCUGCAGUUUGAAGCAGAUCUGUUUGAUUCUACUUCUGAAGGGCAGGGCUCAGAGGGCUUGGGAGCUUCACUGUCAUCCCUUGGUAACCUGGUGGGAUUAGUGGCAGAGACAUCUGAAGAAAGAUACCGGCUUUUGGACCAAAGGGACAAAAUCAUGCGGCAAGCUCGAAUAAAAAGGACUGAUCUUGACAAAGCAAAAACCGUUGUUGGCACUUGCCCAGACAUGUGUCCUGAAAAGGAGCGUUACAUGAGGGAGACAAGAAACCAGCUCAGCAUCUUUGAAUUGCUUCUAGGAUCUGACAAGGUAGAUCAUGCGGCAGCAAUCAAGGAAUAUAGCAGGUCUUCGGCAGAUCAGGAGGAACCUUUGCCCCAUGAAUUGAGACCCUCUGAGGUGUUGAGUAUGACCAUGGACUAUUUAGUGACAAACAUUAUGGAUCAAGGAGAAGGAAACUACCGAGAGUGGUAUGACUUUGUGUGGAACAGAACUCGUGGAAUAAGAAAGGAUAUAACCCAGCAACAUCUCUGCAACCCGCUGAUGGUGUCUCUGAUUGAGAAGUGCACUCGCUUUCACAUCCACUGUGCUCACCACUUGUGUGAAGAGCCCAUGUCUUCCUUUGAUGCCAAAAUCAACAAUGAGAACAUGACUAAAUGCCUGCAGAGCUUGAAGGAGAUGUAUCAGGACCUGGCUAACAAGGGAAUUUACUGCAAGAGUGAAGCAGAGUUCCGAGGCUAUAAUGUCUUGCUGAAUCUCAACAAGGGGGAUAUUCUCAGAGAAGUUCAGCAGUUUCAUCCAGAGGUUAGAAACUCGCCUGAAGUUAGAUUUGCAGUUCAAGCUUUUGCUGCAUUAAACAGCAACAACUUUGUGAGGUUUUUCAAGCUUGUGCAAACAGCUUCCUAUCUGAAUGCCUGUCUCUUACAUGGUUAUUUCAACCAGAUUCGUAAAGAUGGUCUCAAAUCCCUCAAUAUUGCCUACACUGUGAGCACCCAAAGAUGUACAGCGUUUCCCUUGGACCACCUGGUCCGCAUGCUGCUGUUCAAAGAUUGUGAGGAGGCAUCUGAUUUCAUAAGUUAUUAUGGCCUGAGCGUAUCAGAUGGGGGUUACGUGGAGCUGAAUCGCUCCGCUUUCCUUGAGCCCGACGGGUUACCCAAACCUCGGAAGUCUGUAUUUGUGAGCCAGAAGCUCACUGUCUCAGUUGGGGAGGUUGUGAACGGGGGUCCUUUGCCCCCAGUGCCCCACCACGUGCCUGUGUCCAGCUUCAACGGACAGAACAAGUACAUCGGUGGAAGCACCUCUGUGGAUCAAGCUGGUAGUAGCCAAAAACCCAGCAUGGAAACAACAGAAGGAAGAGUGGAAAGCAGAGGUGUGGAUUUAGAGGCUGCAGCAGUAAGAAUCCAGCCCCAGGCUCAUCUUCUGCCCUCAUUGUUGCCUCGUCAGCUUGUGCCAGGGCUGCCUCCUGCACAGCCCAUCUCCCAAGCUGCUGCUCAACCCGAGCUUCUCCCUUCAAAGCCUCAGCCUGGCUACACAGACACGGACAUCGCCGAAGUGGUGGACGGGCUGGUGCACGACGUCCUCAAAGGAGAGUGCAGAGAAGUGGGCAGAGCAGGAGCAGCUUACGUGGCCACUGCCAUCUGCACCUCGGAGGCCACUGUGGAGGAACUUGUGACUGAAGUGACAGGGGAGAUCCUCAGACAAGUGGCAGGAAGCGUGCUUAGUGUGGAGAGGCAGCGUGUCCAGGAGGAACGGCGCAGAGUGGAGGAAGAGAGGCAAAAGCAGGAAAGAGAACAGUUAAUAAAGCAGUUGAGCCAGUUGCUGGGUAUGGAAUUAAUGGAAGAAGUAAUAAAGGAGAGUGUUGAAGAAGCUUCAACCAAUGAGUUAAGAUGUGCCUUAGAAAGAGACCGGCAAGCCCGUAUUGCCCGGUGCUCAGAGGAGGUGUGUGGUCACUUCAUGGAGCUCUCUCUGGAGGAUGAGAUUUUCCAGAUUGCCAAGGAAACCCUUCAGGAGCUCCAGUGUUUCUGCAAGUACUUAAAACGGUGGAGGGAAGCAGUGGCAGCUCGAACAAAGUUGAAACGUCAAAUGAGGGCAUUUCCAGCUGCUCCCUGUGGUAUGGAUUCAAAACAUCAACUGAAAGCACUGUCUCCCAGUGCAGAGUGGCCUAUAGCCAUGGAGAACUUGUGCAAGAGAUUUGUAAACCUGGGGAAUGGAGGAAAGCUGGGAAUCUCUUGCACAAGAUUGAACUGGCUGAGAAACAAGACAGUGCAUGAAAUGAAAGUUCAGCACUUCUUCCAGCAGUUGGUAAGUGGUUUAGCUUGGACUCCCCUGGAUCUCGUCUCACUGAUCACUGAACAUAUUCCAGUUCAACAAGAACAUGUUUUUUGGAAGGUGCUCUUGGUUUUGCCAAGUGAUGAUGAAUAUGCCAAGGACGAUCCCAACAGGAUACUGAUGGAUUGGUUGAAAGCCAAGUUUAUGGGAGACAAAACGUGUAAGAAAAACACUUCACAUCCAGAAGGCAGAAUUCAAACACUGACAUUAUUUAGCUCUCCUGGCAUGCAGGGGAACAGAAGCAUUGAAGUCAGUGUGUGUAUUAAGGUGGCACAGGGUGCGCUCUCUGACUCGGAGCUUGACAUGGCCGAGACACAAAAAGACUUGCUUGGGACCAGUGGCCUCGUUCUUCUUCUGCCCUCCCGAGUUAAGAGUGAAGAUGUUGCAGAAGAUGAUGUAUAUUGGCUUUCAGCUUUGCUGCAGCUGAAACAGUUGCUUCAGGCCAAACCUUUCCACCCCGUAGUUCCUUUGGUGGUUUUAGUCCCCAGUCAGGAAGAGGAGGCCACGGAGAAAGAAGUAGAAGAUGGUUUGAUGCUGCAGGACUUGAUUUCAGCCCAGCUGAUUUCAGACUACACCAUUGUGGAGCUUCCAGUUUCUGUCAGUGACUUAGAAGGCACAAGAAGGAUCUCUGUGGCUGUGGGCUGGCUGGUUUCCCGGUGUCCUGACUCCCUCGAGCUCUGCAGUAAGACCCUUCAAGAGUACAUUGAGGAUGGGGUUGAUGGUGAAUUUGGCAAGCGCUUCUACCACGACUGGAAGGAGAGGCGUUUGGCUGGCCUGCCAUCCCAGGAGCCUGGGGUCAUCAUAGAGCUCUACAACAGUGUGCUGCAGUUUCUGUCAGAUGUGGCAUCCUCGGAGCACCUUUGUGACUUCUCUUGGCCUGUGACAGAGUUUUCAGAACCUGGGGGUAACAAGCUUUUGCCCCACCUGCAGUGGAACAUGCCGGAUCACCUGGCCUGGCUGAAGAAGGCUGUGCUGUCCUUCCAGAUCCCAUACCUAGAUCUGCCUCCGUUAGGUGCUCCUUGGCGUCCCGUUUGCCACAUGAUUUUUCAGUAUGUCUCCCAGAUUGCAAGUUCUUCCCACACUCAACCACUGAUCCAGUCUCAAGUGGAGAAUCUGCUGACCAAAACUUACCAAAAGUGGAAAAACCGAACAAUGGGGAACUCUGAUAAAGAUGGACCUUCUGUUGAUGAGAUCCCUUGGGAUUGUAUCUUGGCAGUCUGCAUUGAUCAUAAACUGAGAGACUGGAAACCGCCCAAACUGCCUAUUGCUCCAGAAGCAGUAAGUAAAGAUGGUCAGAUUCAUGUGUACUUCUUCAAGGAGCAUUUAAAGAACUACACUCUUCCUUUCUCGUGGGAUCAAGCCAGACUGCGCACGCAGGAGGAGAUCCGACAAGGCCACGAGAGGUCAAGGAUAAAAUCCCCGAAGACUUUUAAGAAACCCUACAGCAUGUCCACGAUGCCAGGUCAGUGUGGCUCUGGCAUGAGCAAGCCAGGUCAAGAGGUGAGCAUUCCCAGCUCAGAUGAAUUCAGAGACGUUUCCUUGGCCCAGGAGCAUCUGUUGGCACAGCUGCAACUGGAAAAAAUAGAAAACAAGAGGUUUGAAGAACAGUUGCACCGAUACCUGACUGAGGACACUGAGCCCCUUGGGGAUCUCUUAGGUCUUCCUCUCUACCUCCCCCAGUCUCUGCUCUCCACCUCAGCCGUCACCUGCCCGUUGGUGAAGAGCCCCAUGCCACCUGCUCAAGAGGCUGGGAGUCAAGAGGGACACAAGGUUGUGGAGACGGAGCAAAGCCCUGCGCUGUCGGACAGACUGAAACACUUGCAGCAGCUCCUCAGGGCAACCAGGGAGGCUGAAGCUGCCUUUGAGCUCCACCUCUCUGCUCUGGUGGACAUGGUGGAUAUUUGAGCAGAGCUGAGAUGCAGACACUCAAGAAAGAAAUCCAGGUCUGGGUGACUGAACAGAUAUGCUAGUGGGGCAUGUUCCAGAGCAAUCAACUGUUCUCCUGGAAUAAGAACAUGGAACAGCCAUGGAGCCUGGGCCCUUCUCACAUGGCUGCCUUCCACAGGGUCAGUGUGUCACGGCUGGUCUGCGACUCCCUCAUGUUCUGCUCCAUGGGCAUGGAGAGGAGUCAAAAGCUUUUCUUGGAAGGCCUUACAUGACAGUGGUGGCUUUUCUUUCUCCCAGCUCUCAUCGUGGGUAAACACAACUUCAGCAGGGGGAAACUGUGAAGUAGCACAGGGUCCCUGGGAACACUGGAGCGAUUGCUCUCUGUAGACACAGUCCCUGAAAUGUUGUCUCAGCUCUGUGCUUCCUUCAUGCAGGAACUGCCUUGCAGCACCACUGUGGUUUGAAGUUCCUAUUCUUUUCCCAGGAAUGUCAAUACUGGCAUUCUCAAGGUGGGCCAGGUUUAUGUUGCUCAGUGCAAAUCCAGAAGGAUUUUUGUGCUGCUAGGUCCAAGUUUUACUCAAUAUUUACAUCUUUAAAACCAGGUGAGUUGCUUAUUCCACAGAUUCCAUGUCAUGCUGGAGAGCAGGAUCCUUUCUUCAGUAAACACCUCUAUGGAGAAACAAUUUUCCUUUUUCUUUUAUUGGAAGAGCAGUUUGCCUGCAUUCUCCAGCACUGAAAAACCUUUGGAAGUUGAAGACCUUUUGGUUUAAUUCCCAGUAAAUAGUAUGAAGAUGUAUUUCAUGUCUGCAGUACUUCUGUACAGCUCGUGUUUUUCUUUUUUUUUCCUU